AAAGCAAAGCAGGCUGCAUAUGAUGAGAGUUUGAACUGCAUGCUCAACACGCCAGUCAUUCCCUGCGUGGGAGCCAUACGCCAGAACGGCCGCAUCGAGGUGAUGUCGUUUGAGGUGGCGCAUGUGAUGGUGCGGCUGGUGCAGCUGCAGCACUCGCUGCAGGACACGCACAUGGCGCAGCUGGCCUCCGGCGUCAUUGCCUCGCCCGGCAUCGCUGCCCUGGUCACCGCUGACACCGACACUGCCUGGCGCAUCGCUGCUCUGGACCGACUGAAAGACCUGCGUGUGAUUGCGCGGGACGUGGCCCGGUUCGGAAGGCAGUGCCCUGACGCGUCCCUGCACGGGCUCUACGGCCUCUUCAACAGCCUACAGCCCCCACCCUUGCAACCAGUUCAGCAGCAGCAGGAUCCGGAGGGGGAUGAUGACUGCUUGCAAUGGAAUGUGAAGAAGAGCAAGAGGGUGGCAGCGGAGGAUAAGGCACGGCAGAAGGAGGGAAAGGGAGAGGGGCAGGGGGAGAGCAAGGAGGAGGUAAAGGAGGAGAGAAAGGAGGAGGAAAAGGAGGGGGUGGAGGAGGAGGCGCAGGGUACGGUGGUGGUGGUGUCGCAGGAGGAAGGGUUGGAGGUGGUCAGAUGGCUUGAGCAGCACGCUUCGCUCGCAUCUGAGCUGUACCAUGAGAUCACGAGCAUAGAGCACAUGUAUAAGGCACUGCAGAAGCGUCUCAACGAGAAGCGCUCCACAUCCAAGCCCAGCAUCAUUCGAGACCUGAUCGAGCACAUGCGGUCGGAACUGGAUGCAAAGAAGGACGCAGUCAACAACAAGCGAGGGGGCAGCAUAUGGACCAUGACCUUGGACGAGGUGGUAGUGAAGCUGAGGGAUGCGGUCAUCUUCCUGCACGCGCGCAUGCACACUGUCUUUGGCAAGCACGCGCACCUGUCAGCGCCGUUCAUGGAGGCGAGGGAGAGGGUGCAGACGGGGGCGGAGCGCACGCUGGGGGAGGUGGGCAUGGAGCUGCACUACGCUAACAUCGUCACCAUGAUCGAUAAGAUUGUGAUGGGCAGGUCAGUGGAGCACCACCGGGAGGCGCUGUACAGCGCGCUGCCGCGGAGGGUGGUGCACGUGCUGCGGCGGCGGCUGCUGCGGUCGGAGGACGUGGCUCAGAUGGGCACGGACGUGCUGCUGGCCCGCCUGGAAGGCGUGCUGGACUGGCUCGCCACCAUGGCUGAAAACACCAUCAAGAUCGGAGUGGAUCGGCGGUUGCAGGGGCACACUGAGCUGUCUUUUCUAGAGACGCUGUACCACGUGGAUGAGAGGAAGCUGCAGGCACUGCUAGUGGAUCUGCUGGUGGACCUGCAGCACUAUGCCAGCCGGGAGGACGCCGAUGACCCUGACUACGCGUGGGCGCCCAUUCCCCGCUUCGCCAUUGUCGCUGCUGUUUCCACGUGCGGCGGGGAGGAGAGUGCUGCUGCUGAAGCGCCAGGUGAUGGUGAUGGUGCUGCUGCCGCUGAGCCUACUGCUGCUACUGCUGCUGCUACUGCUGCUGCUGCUGCUGCUGCUGCUGCUGAUGCUGGUCUGCUUGCAGAAGCGGCGCCUGUCACACAGGAACCCUCUGCUUCCAUUGAUGCUUCCACACCUUCUGUUGCUGCUGCCACUGCUGCUGGCGCUGCUGCUGCCUCGACUGCUGCUGCUGCCGCUGCUGCUACUGAUGACGAUGCUGGUGAGAGUGCUGCUGCCCCUGCUGGUGCUGAUAAUAGCGCUGACUCUGCUGGUGGUGUUGCUGAAUCGGUCACGAUUGACUCGCAUUUACCUGCAGGGGGGAGCGUUCGCACUCCUUUGGAGGUAGCAACUGGAGAAAGCAUGUUCGCUGCAACUGAUGCGGCUGUUGCUGAUUCUGCUGUUGCUGCUCCAACUGUUGCCGCUGCAGCUGCCUCAGCUGCUGCAUCCACCCCUGCUGCCGCUGCUACUCCAGACGCCCCCGCUGCCUCUGUGGUGGAGGAGAUCCCAGAACCUCACACCCCAACCUUCCCCCUCACGCCUCUCACCCCCCUCACCCCUUCAAGCGUUCCCUGGAGCGCCUUCUCUCCCCUCUCCAAGCCCAUAUCAGCACCACGAGGGGGGAGCGCAGCAGCAGCAGGAGGAGGAGGAGGAGGAGCAGGAGGUGGGGGAGGAGGAGGAGGGAGUGUGGGUGUGUCGCGUCGGGCAGGCCCUCCCCUGCCGAUCCGCGUGUCCUUCCCAUCCAGCAAAUCCGUUUCCGCCUCCACUGCCUACGACUCUUCCAACCCCAAAUCCCCCUCGGCUGCGUCGGCAGUAUCUGACACGGCACUCUCUGUUUCAGGCUCGGGCCCAAACACGCCCACGCCGCUGUUCGGCAGCCAUUCGCCUCUCUCCGCCUCCUCGCCAGCCUUCACACCCUCUGGCGCUUUCGAUGCUGCUAGUAGCGUCACUGGCAGCAUCACCCCAGGGUCUCUCUCAGGGUCCUAUGCCGCUCGCAAUGCUGCCUGCAGCUCGCUUGCGCCCUCGCGUGGGGCUGUUCGCUUCGCCAGCAGCGGCGGCUCCAUUCCCCGCCCGCAUCAUCACGACAGCCGCAGACGCACCCGCAGCAACCGCGCCACCAGGUCUGCUAGUUCUGGCGCGCAGUUAGCAGUUAUAGGAGGUGCGGGAGGAGCAGGAUCAGGAGGAUCAGGAGCAGGAUCAGGAGCAAGUGCAGGAGGAGGAGGAGGAGGAGGAGGAGGAGGAGGAGGAGGAGGAGGAGGAGGAGGAGGAGGAGGAGGAGGAGGAGGAGGAGGAGGAGGAGGAGGAGGAGGAGGAGGUGGUGGAGGAGGAGGUGGUGGAGGGGGCUACCAUGUUGCCAUGUCGCUUCCCGCUGCGAUGGUGCCGGGAGCAAAGGGAGGGUCAAAGGGAGGCCCGUUCAGUGGGUACGGCUUCCCAGUGAACCCGAUUCACAGCUUCGAGCUGCCUUCCCACCGCCGAAACAUCCCACAGCCGCUCCGCCUCUCAGUCCUGUCUGACUCGCCGUACCACGGCGGAGGCCUGGGCACGCCUGGGUUCUCGGGAUCCGGAGGAGGGUUUUCGGAGAGUGCACCGUCCCCGUUGGCGCAUCUUGUGGCGUCGGCAGCAGCGGAGGAGGGAGAUGAGGACGCUAUUCACGCCAUGGCGUCGCCGCUGCCGCAGUGGCUGCCUGUUUCGUCGGCGUUCAGGGAGGAGGAGGAGGAGAGGCUGAGAUCACGUGCGUUCUCGACUGCCAGUCCCACACCUGGUACCCCCACGGUGGUGCCGAGGAUGCUGAGUCGGGCCAUGCGCAAGUCUAUGACUGACUGGGAGAUGGGUCCCAUGAUUGAUGCGCUCACCCUGGAGAGUGCCGGUGUUAGUGGCGCUGUGGCGGGUGCGGGUGUGGGCGGGAGUAUGCAUGUGACUAGGAGCUCUGAACGGCUGUCGGAGAGCUCUGGGGGUGCUGGGAGGGGAGGAUGGGGCGCAGCAGGCGGGGGGGGAAGGGACGGGGAUGGAUUAAAGGGGUCUGGUCAGCGGUCAUUCCUGGCGGUUGGUUCUGGUGGAUACUCGGGAGUGGGGGUGGGAGGAAGCGGGUUGGGUGAGAGCUUUGGUGGGAGAAGUGUGGGUGGGAGUCUGACCGGCAGUGCUGCAGGUAGCGCGAGCGGCAGUGGCGUGCUAACUGCUGUCAUAUUCGAAGGUCAAGCAGGAGACGACGGGACAAGCCCAAUGGGAGGACGGCCGGUCACGGCAACACCCAGCAGCGGCGGCAGCAAGGGCUGGGCGUGUGGGAGCAUGGAAGGAGGGGGGUGGAGUGGAAGGACAGGAGGGAGCAGCCAGGCAGGCAGCGCAGCAGCCACCCCCUGUACGCCUGCUAGCUGGCGUCUCCGCCCCAUGGCUCCUCUUCUUGUGGAUGUGGACAGGAUUGAUGAUGAUGAGAAUGGUGCUGCGCUCAUUGCUGCUGCUGUGGGGGGGAGCUUGCUUACGGAUGGAAUGGGUGCAGAGGAGGAGCGGGGAGAGGCGAGUGAGGGGGGCACGAGUGUGGGGCCGAGCCCGAGGGUGGCGGAGGUGGGAAGGGAGGACAGUGGGCGGAGUGUUGGUACUACUGGGCUAGCCCACGAGUGA